UAAAAAAACAGGAGAAAGGAAGGAGGGAUUUUCUUGUUAGAAUAGCAAAUGCUUUGUAAAUGAUACCAAGAAAUACAAGCAAACGUUACAAGUUCGUCAUGAUAAUAUCAUUAAUACUCAGAAUAAUUUGCAAUGACGUGUCUGCUGUGCAAUCAAUUAUCCCGCCUGAAAAAAAUGUUUUCCGUAUACAAGACAAUAAUACAUGUAAAAAGGAAACGAUAGUGAAAAGAUCGAAUUCGGACGAGCAAGUUCCUAAUAAGAGAUUUGACAAAAAUAUAGAUUUAGAGGAUACGUUCAAUCCUGAACGAAAAAAAACUAAAUUCUUAGCACAGAAAUUAGCGAAGGAAGCUCUCGAUUCACCGCAAUUACAACGUAAUAUAAAGAUAUUGGCAAAUCUGAGCGGGACUGUACAGAAUCAUUCUAACAUGAAAGAUUUACUGGUAGAUAGAAUGAAAAGUAAACCAACAGUAAGUACGAGAAAACUGAAUGAAUUAUUAAAUCGUGACAAAAAAAGGAAAAGAAAGAAAAAUAAACAUGGAUUAAAACGGUACGAAGAACAUCCUUGGUUACGCAAGCAAAAUCAUAUUAAGAAGAAACGACGAAAAAUAAAUCUACCUGUUAAUAUCGAUGAGACAAACCAAAAUACUGUGAAUAAAAUGAUUAAAAACAACAUUGCUGAACGACACUUUGAAAAAGACAAAGGUCGCUCAAGACAAAGGCAUCGAAAAAUCAACGGAAUGCCAAAUAAGAAGAUUAAACGCUUAAUGCGCAAAAAGGAUUUUAAAAAAGAUUCCAGGAAUCAUGGAUUUGUAUCUUUGGAGUAUUAUAAUAACGACAAUGUCGAACCAAUUAAAAUGCAAUCAAAAGAUGAAACAGAGAUUGGAAACGACAGAAUCGCCAGGCAAAUCUCAAACGGUUCUCUCUUUGCCAGAAAAUCAUUAAUCAAUCGUUCGCAAUUCAAGCAGCAAUUCACAGACAGAGAUUCGUAUGAUAAAGAUUUAACUUACGAUUAUGAAUUGUUAAAACCUUGGGAGAUCGAUCACUCUGUGAUCGGUCAAGCAAAUGAAGAUAACGCUGUCGAUUACGCAUCUACAUACUUGCCGAUACUGACCGAUCAGAAAACCGAUUCAGGAAGUCUGUACAUCCCUGAAGUAACACAGAAAGAUUAUCAGUUUCAAUUAGUAUCGAAUAUUAAUCGACCUAAAGAAAGCAUAUACAUCAAUGAGAUGGAAUCUCCUACCGAAAAUUUUGUCAAUUCUGAUCUUGAUUUCGCGAAAGUUCUUACUACCAGUGCGGAUAUCAUUCUUGGUCCGCAAAUCGAAGUUGAACAUAUUCCUAGCGAUGUGCUACAAUAUCAGGAUCUAAGAGUUCCUCGUCUGUAUUCAAAUUUAAAUAUUAUACCAGAGAUGAGCAAACCUCAAGAAGUGCAAGUGCUCUAUUCCGGUACUUCAAUGAAUGUGCCACACAUCCUUCGCAAAAUUCCGGGAACUUUGAAUGUCUACAUCGCUGAGAAGGAUGUUGGACCUGCAAUAGCGCGUUUAUCUAAUGAUUAUCCUGUUAUUUCCACGAGUCAAGUCAUACACAAAAUUAUCAAUCACGCUCCGGUAUUUUCUCAAUCAACUGUCAAUCGACCAAUAGAACAUGUCUUGAUUCCCGAUCGAGAAAAUGAUAUCAAACGGAAUUGGUACAACAAUGGUAAGAAACAAGGGUUAAUUAAGGAGAAACAGAAAGCGAUUCGAAUUAUUCAUGGACCAUUCCAAAGCGAUGAUGACACAAAUAACAAAUCAACGAACGACCAAAUGCGUGAUAAUCUUGCACCUGUGAUUUCAAUAAAGACGGAAGAAAUACAACGUGCGAAUGUUUCUGCGACGUUAAACGAAACCAAGGAAGUUGCCAAUCAGAUAUUGGAGAAGAUUGUUGACGAAUUGGAAGAAAUUAAAUCAAAUCGAGCCACUGAAAAUGAACAGAUAGAAGGUUUGCCUUGCAAGAUAUCGGGUUCGUGGAUAACUAUUCAGGGUGGAGUGCGAAUCGACAUGAAAGUUACUAAUCGCACCAUAAACGUGACCCUCGCAAAAUUAUCACCUCCGCCCGCUCAUCAAGGUUUAUUGAAUCCUGCCUGGAAUUUAACCGGAUAUGCACCAUUUACGAAGGGUGGACCGUUUUCCUUACUUGCCAUUGACAAUCGCACGAAAUCUCUGGCGGUGUUCGCAGGUGCGUGUAGAGUAUGCCAGGGUAUCGACACGAUAGUGGGUGUUUGGUCAAUUGCUCGUAGCCCACAGGAUUGCAGAGAGUUUCAGAUAGCUACAAAUAUCUACAACGAUAUAUUUCGCCGAACUAAACUGUCGUCAGAAAUGAAAAAACAACAUCAAGAGAUCGUACGGUUACUUCAAAAAGGUAACAAGGAUAAUAGAACCGCUGAAAUCUCGAUGAAUAAUAUAGUUCAACAAAAUAGCACGUUGCAACCAAAUAACACGCUGCAACAAUACAAAGCAGAAAAGACUUAGAUAUCUCAACGAAAAUGUAAAGAAACGUUAGAAAGACGAUAAAAAAGUUCAGCGCUAAACAAAGUCUGUAAACAACAAUAAUUUAUAUAAACUCAAGAAAG